AUGAUAACCAGCAUCCCUGCCCCUCUUGCCGGCCGCGUUGCCAUCGUUACUGGAGGCUCUCGGGGGAUAGGAGCAGCUGUGGCAAUUGACUUUGCACGAAAGGGCUGUUCGCACAUUGCCAUCACUUACUUGGGCAACAUCGACGCCGCCAACCAAGUGGUCUCAUCCAUCCGUGACAUAUCGUCCGACAUCAAAACGGCACUUAUCAAAGCGGAUGUUACGUCGGAAACGUUCGGGCCGGAUGUGGUCAAAGCAACACUUACCUCCCUUGCCGUGGACCAUAUUGACAUCGUCGUCUCGAAUGCGGCUUUAACCGAUAUGAACACGCUCCAGAAUAUCGAAACUCACACUAAGGAGGCCUUCGAUCGGUUCAUGACAGCAAACGUCUGGACUCCGCUCCAAUUAUCGCUCGCUGCCAUUCCGCAUAUCCCAAGGGGGGGAAGAAUCAUCACCAUCUCCAGUGUCGCCAGCAAGCGGCCAAACGCCGACCCAUUGGUGAUAUUGGGCGCGACAAAAGCAGCAUCGGACUCAAUCACACGCGCCCUCGCAGCCAAGUUCCCGCGUCAGACAGGCAUCACGAUCAACAGCAUCGCUGUCGGCCCGACAAAUACCGAUGCCAUACGUCUGGGCAUGGCAAAGUUACCCAAAGAGUGGGCACAAGCGUUGUACGAGAGAGCCACAGCGGAAAAACGCAUCGCGGAGGUUGAUGAUAUUACCGGUGUGGUUAGUUGGGUGGCUGGUCCGGAUAGCAAGUGGGUGAAUGGCAACUUUGUACCUUGCAGCGGUGGGAGUAUGUUGGAGCUACAGGGUUGA